AUGCGGCAAAGUCAAAUAGUCGGCUACGGUGAAUACUGUGCAUUCGACUUCCCUUGCUUCGGUCCUGACUGCAAGCGUCGCUUCGUAUGCAACGAGGGAAUCUGGCGCCCUGAGGUCUGCAGCGGGUUCGACUGUGGCCGCAAGGUCAAGUGCACCUCCGGCAAGUGCCAGUAUGUCACCAGGGGCAUGGCCGAAUGGGAAGAGAAAGUUACCUGCUACGGGAACUACUGCCAGGUUGAGAGAUGCUCCGAUGACGCCUGCUACAAGAAGUACCUCUGCAAGGACGACUCCUGCAUCUUUGAGACCUGUCCCGCAGAGGAGGCCUUUAACAAGUACGAGUGGUCUGGUGACAAGUACAACAUUGUCAAGGGCUGCGAUGGCAAUUGCCCUGAGCCCCAGCCUCCCUGCGAGAAUUGCGGGAUUGUCAUCCCACAGGCUUCCAUCGCCCAAACGGCUUGCAGCGGCACUUCUUGCAGUACUGUAGUCGUUCCUCAGCCUCCCUUUACCAAGACUCCUUACCAAACUGUUCAGUCUCCAGUCCAGACCCCGGCUCAGCCCCCUGUUCAGAUUUCUAGCCAAGCCCCUGCCGCCCCUGCCGCCUCCAGUCAGCCCCCGGUUGUUAUCGGUCAGCCCCCGGCUGUUGCCCCCGGAACUACUAAGCCCGUUAACGUCGUGACCGCUGGCUCCAGCAAGUCCGCUGCCAGCCUUGGCGCUCUUGCCUGUAGCGUCUUUGCUGCCGCCCUUCUCCUGUAA